AUGAGCGUCGCAUACGACGAACCCAGGAGUUUCCACGAUGACAGCCCCUACGCCCCAGUCGGCGAGGGCGAUCACGACCAUGAUCAUGCUGAUAUCAACAAAUACAUCAAUACCGAGGCAAACGUGGAAGACAUGGCCGAUCUUGCCGCCGUAGCCUAUGCCCCCGGCGAUGGCCCUCCGUCACCCUUCAAUACAUCCGACUCGGCGGCCCUUGAUCUGGGGCCGGUCGCACCGCCAAACGUGGACCCAGCAAACGUUCCUAUCCGCGACUCCUCGCCCGUUCUCCUUAGCGUGACCAACGUUACACACCCGCCCUCGUCCCGCAGCAAGCCCAUAUCAAAGCCCAACCGGGUCGCGACAAAGAACCGGGACGGCCUGUUCGAGUGCAGCUGGGAGGACUGCAAGGAGGCAGCAAAGACGUUUCAGCGCAGGUGCGAGUGGAGCAAGCACAUGGACAAACAUGAGCGCCCGUACGUCUGUACCGUCAAGGGCUGCGAGAAGGUGCAAGGUUUCACCUAUAGCGGUGGACUGCUCCGCCACGAGCGCGAGGUUCACGGCAAACACGGCGGGCCCAAAAAGGCACUGAACUGCCCACACUCCUCGUGCAAACGCAACACGGGCAAAGGCUUCUCGCGCACCGAGAACCUCCAGGAGCACCUGCGCCGUUGCCAUCGGCUGCCGUCCGCCGGGCCCAGCACCGCGAUCCCGAGCCCCGUGCAGACAGUGACGAUGGGCAGUGAGGCUGACAGCAAUCACAAACGGAAGCGCGCCGACGAUGACCAGGGGGAAGGCCCUCCCAGCAGCAGGGAGAGGUUCCUCCAAGAGGAAAAUGACAGGCUUCGUGAAGAGAAUGAGGACCUGCGGCGGCAGCUUCAGGAGGCGACUCGCAACGCGAACGACAUGCGUACACAGCUGCAGGCCAUGCAGGCGACCAUCAGCGUAGCCCUGAGCGUGUCUCAGCCGGCCGUCUAAGUGAUAGCCAUCCUAGCUGGUUCGGCGCAGUCCUACGUAUUUGCCUCAAGCAGCUGGCUGUUUUCUUUUGUUUCUUGGAUUUGUUAUUGAGUAUGGUUCAGUCCUUUUGGAUGGUCAUAUGGCACGGUGUUCGGGGAGCAUCAUUGGCGUUGGUGGCCUUAUACCCCAGGGGAUGAAUACCCAGUUUGUUACCAAGUAUGCAGGGCCACCUAUUGCCCCGACGUGAAUCUCAAUUUUUAGAAUGCCUCUUCAACAGACGAAUGGGAUUUGUUUGUACUCGGCC